AUGGCAGCACCACACUAUCGAAAAGUCGAGCUUCAAUCCCCAGCAGACUUCACCUACCUCUAUGCCAACACAGUCGCACUAUCGCGCCGAAAACUCGACCUCUACUUCCCCCCUUCCGCAAGAGACAAUGACACCCCCGAUCCGAUGCGCGAACGCGUCCGGGAGCUAAUCGACGAAUACAUAAACCAAACCUUCGAAUCCGCCUCAAAUUCAAUCAGCAUCAACGGCAUAGACUCCACCUCACCACAAUUCCCGUUCCCGGCAGCAUUCACCGCGCCAACAGAACAAGUCGAGUACGAGGCCUUCGAUACAGAUCUUGCAUCGCGUGUGACGUCGCUAUACGCUCAGCUGGAAUCGCUUAAUACGACUGUCGCGCAGCAGAGACGGGAUGCGCCAAGACGUGCGGCGAAGGAAUAUGCCGCGCAGUUGAAGAAGAUGAUUGAAGAGGAGGAGGAAUAUGAAAAUGAGAUUGAUGGAGGGAAAGACGUCGAUAAUGAUACCGAGAUGGGUGACUCUGCGAAUGUGCAGCCCCGAUCGAAUAGUAAAACCGAAAACACGCCCGGCCAAGAAGCUGAUGGUAUGGAUGUUGAUUCUACGAACGGAACUGGAUCGGCCAGCUCGCGGCACACACGUGGAAACUACGAUCCUGCGUGGACAUUGCAGGCUGCGCUUGGGACGGAGGAGGAGCGGGAGCGGUGGAAGAGUGGGGAUUUUGCGAGUGUCUAUGAGGAUUCUUUGCGGAUGCUGUUGCGGUUGCAGGGCGAAGGCAAUGUUAAUACCGAGGCUGGUGUGGAGGGUCAUGCGUUGGCAACGACAGUGGGCAAGGCUGAGAGAGCUGGGCGUGCUGCUGAAGUGGUGGAGAGUAUGAAUAAGUGA